UAGAAGUAGCAUUAAUAUAUUAGUUCUUUUAACCUAAUUCGGCCUCCAUUUUUCUAAAUGGCAAAAGUAAAUAUUGUGAACGCCGUACAGCACUUCUUCGGAUUUUUUUGUGUUCGGCGCGCCGCCGUUGCCCUCCGGUGCAAAAGGAAUUACGUAUACACAGCAUUCAUCGGCCUCACAUGCUGCGGACAUUUUUCUGUGGAGGGACUAGAAAAUUACUGCCAGUGUGCUUGGGUUUGCCACUUCACUUUGGGUGCUUUUUUAGUUGCAUCAGAACCAUUUGCUUACGUUUGUUUGCCAUAUGCUGAUCCUUGCAUUGACAGUCCUUUUCCUUUGGUCCGAUGCAUCCACCUUCAUCAACAAUGUUCCAGAAAGCGAGAUGCGAGCCUUCUACGCUUCACAGACUAGAAUGAGUAUGUGAGCGCUUCAUUGCUUAAAGCGUGAAGCGGAACCUUAUCGUUUUUUUCGAUUCACGCCUCCCAGAACACUUACUUGAAGGGAUUACCUAGCUGAUAAGGCAUAAGAGUUACAAAUUGGAGAUUCCAGGUUUGAAUCCCAGCUGCAACACAUGGUGCACCCAUCUAGUCUAGUCUUGGUGGGCAGCACUACGUUAUCAAUAUGUGCCAUGGACUCCAAUACUUGCUAUGUUUCCAUUUUUGUAGUAUGGUGUUGAACAUUUCUCUCAGGUUACCUUGUGACUUCUUUGGUGCAAGGAAGUUAGACUUUUGCAUAUUAGUUUAAUAAUUUCCCUUGUGGGAUGGACAAAUUGACCAAAUAAUUAGUUAGGGUGCAUGCAAGCUCUAGGGACACCAUUAGUAUCACUUAGAAAAUGAACUGGGCACUGUAGAAUAUAUGUCCAACUAUGGAGAAGAGUUCUAGUUAUACAUAGUUGUGAGUUGUGACAUAAUGAUAAAUACCGCUAGUGAGACAAUAAAUAACUUGAUCCCCAUUAUGUAUAAAUUCCUUGAUGACUUAAAGUUACUAUCACUAUAGAUAAAUGUAUUAUAUGUCACCUUAUGUUUCAAGUAUAGGAAAUAAGAACAUGUAGGUAAGUAGGUUAUAUGGGAGCUAUACAUUGUUUAUUUUCUAAAUAUUUCAGUUUUGCGACUCAAUGAAAUGUAGUGUGCAAAACAAUUUUUACCUCCAUGUGGAACUUUCUCUAAAUAUUAUUUUCUAAGAAAUUGCUUCAUGGCUGUUUCAUGUAUCUUUGAAA